AUGAGCGCUGGUACCAAUGUCACCCAUUCCGAUGAACAUCCUCCACCCCCUCCUCGCACAAUGCCAGGCGACAAAGUUCGGACGAAGAAGUGGGCUCCCAAGACUUUCAACGGAUGUUUAACGUGCAAGAAACGAAGGAUCAAGUGUGAUGAGGGCAAGCCGGGGUGCCAGAGAUGUAUUAAAUCUAACAUAAGGUGUGGCGGUUAUGCGCCACCUAAAAUCAGACUGUUUGACCCAGCUUCGUCCUCGUCAACACCGACUACACCACCAGCAGCCCCACCGACGACAACACUGGCAGCACCUCCGGGCGAACCAGAGCCUGAUCCAGCACCGCCACGCGAUCCUCAAUUCCAAUCCUACUUGAGCUCGUACCCUCAUCCCCAAGAACUCGCGCUUGUCCCGAUAUUCGGCACACAAGAAGAUUAUCGAUGCUUCCAAUUCUUCCUUGAAAAGACAUCCAAUUUGAUAUCCGUAUACUCAAAACCCUACCUUUGGAGCGUGCUCCUCCCUCAAGCAACAUGGCACCAACCUUCUAUCAAACAUUCUGUCAUCGCGCUCGCUUCAUUACACCAAUCCCUCACCACACUUGGCGCACCAUCUCAGAGAGCAAACCACAACUUUAUGUUCCACUACAAUGCCGCCAUACGCUCCCUGGUGGCCGACAAGCCACCUAUCGACAUCGUUCUGGCGGCGUGCGUCAUCUUCUGGGCACUGGAGAACUUCAAUGGGAGCGGGCAAUCCGCCGUUGACCACAUGAAAGCUGCGAUCAAGAUCCUUGGGGAGUGGAAGAGCAAACGCCGUUUAAAAGACCCUGCCGACAACCUCAUCUCGAAGUACAUUGAACCCACGAUCCGCGACGGCGUCAAGUUCGCCUCGAAAUGCCGCAUUGAAGAACUGACAGAUCAGAUGAGCGCACUGUCUCUGACCACCCGCGACGUCCGGAUCAUGAACUUCAAACAUCCAGCCUUUGGCGAUCUAGAGGACGCAGAGAAAUACCUGGGGAGUUGUAUCAACGACAUUCUCACCCUGAAGAGCCAGAUUCAAGCACAAGCAGCGCUUCACAGCACACACACCGUCCUGAUUAGAGAGUUGGAACGGCUCGACGAGCUCGACGCCCGCCUCUACAGAUGGAUGCACCUGUUUCAAAACCUCACAGCCACUGGCCCCGUCUACAUGCGCCGCAUGUUGAUCGUGCACAAUGUCGCCGCCCAUAUCCUCCUCGACCAGCUACAGAGACAAGCCCACUACAGCGCCACCGAACCUGAGGAAGUGCAAGACCCCGAUCGCGACUCUGCCCCAGAGUGCGCCGGGCCCGAACGCUGCCGGCACAACUUCAUCGUCAUCGAGGUGGAAGACGUGCUGCGCCACGACCCGCUCACCACCACAGAAUCGUGUCGAAAGAACCCUCCCACCCUCGGGUUCAUCGCCCCCAUCUUCCUCGUUGCGAUGUCGGCGGAAAACGUGGAAACCCGCCGCCAAGCCAUCAACGCGCUCAGAUGGCUCAACGUGGCCGAGGACUCAUGGAGCACAGAGCACGCCGCGCGCAUCGCAGAAGCGACCCUUGAAAUGGCGCACGAGUCUGCUCUGGGACCAAGCAACGUCGACGUCCAGCACCUGACCUUCGACCUAGACGAGGAUGACCAAACGCUCACAAUGGAGUGGGAACGAGAGCCAGAACAUAGAGCUGUAAAGUUAACGAAGAGUAUCGAUGCAUCGGACUUGCCCUGGGCCGGACUGGAUAUACCCGAGCUGGUCCGACGAUAUGGAUAUCAGUUCUCCGCUCGGUCGUGA